AUGUUAUCGCAUAAUUCGAAUCACGAAAAAACACCUGUAUGUGAAAAUUUUCCUAGCAAUACAACCGAUGGCAUCAUCAAACCUUCUUUACCUCCGUUUAUUUCAAAUAUUUUAGACCAGUUAACCGAUGAAGAACUUAAACGUUGUUUAGAAUCUGUCUUGUUAGACAGAGAAUCGGAACUAUUAGAAUCUCAGUCAGCCUGUAAAGAUGCACAGAAUGAGGCCGUAGAGUCACGGAAACAGUUAGUCAAACUUGAACUUGAAUUGGCAAAUAUUAAAAGCGCCGCAGAAAUGUUGAUGACUGAACAUGAGGAUGCCUUAUUAACCUUGAAAAGACAGUACGAUGAAGAGUUGUCCUCGCUGCUGAUAGCUUCUGAACAGGGUUAUUUACAUCAGUUUAUAGAUGGCCAAUGUUCAAACGAUACAUCACAUUCAUCACCAACUGAAAAUGAGAAUUCUCAAAGUUUAGCUAAUCAAGCAUUGGAUAAAGUAGAGAAAUUAGUUCGACGUGUUGGUCAUAAAGCACUAACAAAUAAUUUUAUUUUAAACAAAUCCACUGUUUCAUCUUUUUGGGCAAAUCAUGACAUUGGUUCAAACAAAGAGGAGGAUAAUGAUGAUGACUAUAUACGAGCAAUAAUUGAACCUUACGAAACAGAAAUUACACGUCUACAACAAAUUUUGAUCAAUGCUUCGAUUCCAUUCACUAAGACAACAUUACAUCCUAAUUCAGCAACAAGUUAUAAGUUAUCAGAGGAGAAAAUUGUCAAUAAAAUUUCUCAUAAUUCAAAUAUGAAGAUAGAAAUUUCUGGAAACUAUAUUGACGAUAACAAUAAUAAUAAUAAUAUGGUUGAUCCUGCUAGUAAUCCGAGUAAUACAAUUCAGAGAUCAUGUGACCAAAUGACAGAAAAGCAUUCUAUGCACAAAUCACCUGAUAAUUGUAAUGAUCAUAUCAAUUCGGAUGAUGACAGAAAUACUCAAUCGACUGUUGUCACACAACCAAUUUGUGCUCAUUCUACAUCUUUUGAAGGGCAAAUCUACCUAACCGAUACAAUGAAAAAUUUACAAAAACAGCUUUCCACCGUUAAAAAUGAAUUAGAUUUGAAAAGCCACGCUUUGAAAGUUGCUACAGAUCGUCAAUUAGAAUUGGAAAAUGCCCUUAAAACUCAAGUUGCAGAACAAACAUCUAAAAUAGAAAAAAUUAGUACAAUUUCUAAUCAGUUGGGUCAACGAUUAGAUGUUUUGCUGUUAAACUACCAGUCUUAUCGCGAAACAACUGAAAAAGAAAUAUCCAGUUUAUUAGUUGAGCGUAAAAUUGCUAGUACAAAUCUAGAAAUUCUUCGUUCACAUUAUGAUGCUCUUGUUGGUAGACGUUCACAAGCUGCUAUUGAAUUAAGUAGACAACCAAUUCAAUUACCAAAUGAGAAAGAUGAAUUAGAACAUUUGGCGUUAAAAUUAUAUGAAGAAAACUUAUCAUUUCGUGAAGCACGUGAUCAUUUAGAAGAAUGUUUAAAGAAGGAAACUGAAACUCACAGAGAACAGCUAGCAAAUGAACAACAAGAGCGUAUUAAUUUUGAAUCGUCAAUUCUACAAGAAUUGGAAGAUGCACGUAGACGUCUAGCUGAUCUUGCCAGUAUUACAACUGAACGUGAUAAUGAAACUGUUUUAAGACAGAAAUGUGAAGAUGAAUUAAAAAUGUCCAAAUCUAAGUUGAAUGAAAUACAGGCUAAAUAUGAACUGACUGAAACUAAUUUAACUGAAGCUCAGAAAAGAAUUAUUGAUCUACAAGAUCAAGUUAUUCGAUUGCAAAAUGAUUUAGACAAUGUGGAAUCGGUUCAAGCUGAUUUUGUUCGUUUGUCACAAAAUUUACAAGUUCAACUGGAAAGAUUGAGACAACAAGAUCAAGAAAACACUAUGCCAGCUGGACCAUUUGGUCAUCCGGCUGUUGUAUGUGAUGUAUGCCAUACUUUGUUGAAUAAAAAUAUUGCUCCGUAUUUCAGCACAACAUCAUUAAAUAAUAAUAAUAAUAAUAAUAAUAAUAAUAAUAAUGGUAAUAAUAAUCAAAGGGAUCACUUUCCAUCUUCUAAACGUUUCAGUUUGUCAUCGCCUACACAAUCCUCAACUAAUCUAUCAACUAAACCUUCUUAAUAACACUUAUUCAUUAUUCAUCCUUUCAUAAUAUCAAAUUACUACUGUUUUGUUUCUGCUCUUUCGUUUAAAUUUCUCUUCUAAUCUAACUGAUCUAUAAUAAAUUGUUUGAGCUGUCAUAAAUUAAUUGCAUAAUCUUUACACUUUUUUACUUCACUUCCUUCACAGUGUAUACACAAAUUAAUUAUUAUAUAUUAUUUUGCCUUUUUAUGUAUUUAUUACUGUUUUAAUGUUUACUUUAUACUUCUUUGAAUUAUUUCUUCAUGUAGACUUGUACGUGUGUAUGUGAAUCCCAUACGCUAAUGAGUUUGUGUUCAUGUGAUGACAGAAAUCGUCACAUAACCGUAUUUGUGCGUUUUUUUUUUGUAUGAACUCAAUCGAGUUUGUAUAUUUAUGUUACUUUUGUUUUAUUCAUUUAAAUAUUGACUGUACCAUCUUAUUAUUAUUAUUAUUAUUACUUUCACUAUUAUUAUUAUUAUACAUACAUGUCUUUCAAACUUAAUGUUUGUGUCCGUUUAUUUGGUUUUCUUCAUCAGCAAGAUGUGCUACUUUGUUUUCAUUUCAGUAGUAUAAAAUAUGUAUUCGUUUUGUUUUGAAAAAGCACACAUUAGUUUGCCUAUACGAGUAUUAGCAUGAAAUUUAUCAAUUAUUCUAUUCAUAUUAAACAUAAUAAGAAACUAUUCCAUUCUUACUUAUUUAUCUAUUUUUUCGAUAUGUUGAUUAUGUUAUACAUGAUCACGUAUCAAUCAUUUUUGACGGUUUAUAUGAUAGUGUGAACAAAAGUUCUUUAGAUUUGUAUGAAUUUAAUUCAUUUCUUACUUUUUGAAUCGCUAGCUGAGGAAAAAACAGACUUAACAAGGAGAUUUAAAUAGGCAAUAGUGAAACGUGUCCGUCGAAUGUAUAGGUGUGGUUAAUAAAAUGUAAGUUGAAAAGUCAACUAUUUCUGUUUUCUUCCUCACACGCUUCCUGAUCCUAACAAUAUAGGUAUUUGUUAUGAUUGUGGAAAAAGCUUCUGAUUGUUUCAACGCGACAAAUCUGACAUGUUAUCGAGAUUGCAAAUCAAUGUAAGACAAAGAGCCAUUGAAUGAAUGGACAGCUGUUUAGCCCCAGUGUGAAAUUACUUAGCAACGAAUAUCUACGACCCCUUACCAGAGGUUAAACCUAACACUUUGAAUCUCUCGCUCGGUCGAUUAAUCUCUAGAUCACUGAGCCGGGAUCUCUUGGUAUACAAGGCUAACUUCAAUCCAAUCUUGCUGUCGUGCGACUAUAUUCCAUUGUAUGCGGUGGGUACCUUUCUCACAUCUGACAUGAGUAGACUCCAGUGGCCACGGCUUCUGAUUGAAACUCCAGGAAUUCUCUCUCGGAUCUAAUCAACACAUGAUGUGGCUCGGUGUUUGGAAGAACAGUAACACUAGACGAAACCUUACUCAUGAUCCAAUCACUGAUUUACAUUUAUAUCAUUGCAGUUAGUAAAGAUGGGCGCCUUUUUUAUUCAGGAAUAUCAUAUCAUUUGAUAUUCACCAUUUUUGUAUCUGUAGUUGAACUUCUUAAUCUUGGCACUGAUGAACUGCAAAUCAUAGUAGAUAAUGACUUGUAUUACAGCGCACUUGAUUAGCCGUAUUUGAUGUGAUUAAUUUCAUUUACCUUAUCAUUGUCAAUGGUUGUUAUAGUAGGUCUCCAGUUUAUUUGAUUUCGCUCAAAUUGAUUUGUGCGUAUACAAAAUGACAAUGUUUCUAUAUCAUUCAGAUCAUAACGUGUAUAGAUUUUCACACACACACAGAUGUGAUCAUUUAAAUCGUUUUCAUUGACGAACUCCUCCUGUCUAAAGAAUUUUUGUUUAAAAUUUUCGGCAGUUUCCUCUGAAUAGUCAUGAACUAUCUUAUGUCUUACUGUUUAAACUCAAAAUAAACAUCUAUGUUUUUUUACAGAGACUGCUUAGUAAAUAAUUAUUUUGUGACAAUAUGAUCAGAAAAAUUAAUGUUUCCCAAUGUUUAAA